AGUAGUUAAUUCACACACACAGAAUAUAUUUUCAGAAAUCUAUAUAUGCAAUGAUAUGUGCAAGGGAGAUUUAAAUGCACUUCCGUCUUCGUCUUUCACUGCAAUCUAUUUUUAUCUCGUUUUUAGAAAACCACUCGGAAAAUUGGGUAAUUUUAUUUCACGGUAGUCAGGUACGCUAAGAAAUGUCAAAUCUGUAAAAUGGCGAGAAAGGGCUCGGACGCAGAUAUUGAUGAAAUGGAAGUGGACAAUGAAGACGAAUUAUUAUUAUUAUAUUCCCGUAAUUCGCCAGGAUCUUCUUCUUCAGAGACAGAGAAUACUUCUGUCAAAAGGAAGACAGAUGAAGAUGCUGAUGAAGUGGACGAUGACUCGUUAGGAAAGGAAUCAUUGAAUUUGGAUAAGUUAGUGUUGUCUGACGAGGAAGAAACGGAAGAGAAACAGGAAAGCCCAACACCCCGGGGCAUAAAUCUUCGCCCUUAUCAAGAGGAGCUAGCAGAAACAGCUAAACAGGGAAAGAAUACUAUUAUCUGCUCUGGAACAGGCACUGGCAAAACACGUGUAGCGUUUGCUAUCAUCAAAGACCAUCUAGAGAAACACCCUGAAGGGAAAGUAGUCAUAAUGGCUCCGACUGUACCCCUCGUGAAUCAACAUUAUCUGGCUCUGAGAGAAUUGUUGCCCCACCUAGAGGAAAAGACACAGAAAGUAACAGGUGAAAGCGAAAAGAGCGAGCAGCUCCACAUGUUUGUGGACGAUUUUCAGGUAUUUGUGUUAACACCCGCCGUCUUAGAAAACACCAUCUGUCCGGAGAAAGAUGAAGCCAUUUUGUCAAAAUUCACUUUGAUGAUAUUUGACGAAUGUCACCAUGCGUACAAAGGCUACAGUUACAAUAAAAUCAUGCUACACUAUCACAUGGGAAAAAGCAGAGGUUCUCAGAAACUUCCACAGAUUGUGGGAUUGACUGCAACAUUGGGCACAAACAAGGCAAACUCUGUUGAAAGUGCAAGAAAGCACAUCGUACAAGUCAUGGCUAAUUUGGACGUGUGUCAUUUGUCUACAAUCGUCAAAAAUAAAAACGACCCAUUUCUGCGUAGAGAGGGUGUUCAAACAGAAAAAGUCCAGUUAAAACAAGAUCUCGCAGCCGAUCCAAUACACAAAAGAGUUGAGAAAACUAUGGAACAAGUGGAGAGGGUCUUGGUAAAAGAAACUGACAAACUAGAUGUGGAAAAUGAAGAUGAAAAGGAGAUUUUAAAAACAAUGCUAAGGCGGCCUGACCCUAAAAGGAAAGGGGAAGUAAGCACUAGGAACUCUCCAUCCUAUGUACAAUGGUGCUGCCAUCUGCAGGAAAAAUCUGCACCAAUACUGAAAAGAAAACAAACAACUUCUCAAACUCUGCGGCUUGGUGGGGAAUACUUGAAGAUUUAUAGUGAGCUAUUGGAUGUCAAUGAUUGUUUGACUGGAGAAAUUGCCAUAGAGUUUCUGGAAAAACAGAUGGAAAAGAGACAAACCCAAAAAGCCAUAACAGAUCCCAUAGAGGGAAAAUUCGCAAAAUUAAUGACUGGGUUACACAAAGAACUGAGAAACACAAUAGCCAAAAACAAUUCAAAGACAGAGAAGAAUGUAGAAGUUCUGCUACAAACUAUGGCAGACUUUGUGAAGACAGAAGUUGCAGGUGGAGAACCCACACGAUUCAUUAUAUUUGUCAAAACUAUAGAAGUGGCUAACAGACUAAGUGACCUACUGAAGAAAGACAAUAAGGCUUACAAGUGUGCUAGCUUUACUGGGACAAGAGACACCAGUCAGACAGACCAACUUAUCAUCCUGGAUAAAUUCAAACGAGGUGAACUCCAGGGAAUAGUGGCUACCACAGUAGCGGAGGAGGGGAUAGAUGUUCCGGAGUGUAACCUGGUCAUCAACUAUAAUUACGUCGGCAAUGAAAUAUCCUCCAAACAAUCGAUGGGUCGAAUAAGAAAAGCUACUGGAAAAAGAAUCAUUCUGGCUAAAUUUAAAGAUAUUUUUCGAGAAGGAAUAAACAGUAAAAGGAUUGAAUACAUGGAGAACGCAGUUCAGAGAAUAAAAUCAGAAAAUAUCAAGAAAGAAAUAGAAGAGAUUCAAGAAGAAAUGAUAGCAGAGGAAGAGCUAAAAAAAUUAACAUCUUCUGAAAAAGAAAAAUCUAAAUCUAAUGAUGCACCUUCUUAUCGACUCAUUUGCAAAUGUGGAAAUUUUGAAAUAGAUUGCGAUGUCAUCAGAUGCAUAGAGCAAAACAAUUACGCUGCACUUGAUGUUUCACUUUGGGACCGAAUUAAAGAGAAACCAUUGACAAAGAAGCCUUUCAAUAAAGGAGACACAGUUAUGCAGUCACAGUGGUUUCAUGAAGGUUGUAAUCAAAUUUUAGGAACAGUCUUUAUGUACAAGAAAGUUCGCUUACCCUAUCUUUCCCAAAAGGCUUUCAAUUUCUACAGAGUAAGCAAUGAUAGUCCAAAUGAUCAUCGACCUCAAGGUGUUGGCAAGUGGAAAGAUUUACCAUUUUGUGUACCAGACCUAAAAACACCAGAAUUGCUGAAGUACCAAAAGGACUUAAUUGCUAAAGGAAAGAUGUAAAAUUUCUAAGACCUCAAACCUGACAUGUUUGAAAAGUGAAAGUGCUAUAUGUACUGGUACACUAUUUCAAUAUUCUAUUUUGUGUAGAUUUGUUAAAAAAUAGUUUUGUUCUUUAAACUUACAAUUACAAUAGGUGUUGUAGCUUAUUAACUGUUAUGUUAACUAGCCCCCUAUGUACCUUGAAAAUCU